GGCCCGAAGCGGCGGCCUCGGAGGGGCGGGCGGGUUCUACUCCCCGGCCGGCCGCGCGCCCGCGCCUCCCAAUUCCAGGACCAGGGUGGGGGCUCGAGGCGGCGGCCGGCGGCUUCGCUCCUGCCUGGACGUCUGGGCGCGGGGCCAGGGCAGGCGGGCAGCGGCGGCGGCGGCGUGGGGCCGCGGAUCCCACGGAGGGCGGCGGCCUGGGCCGGCUGAGCCAUGGCGGCCCCGGAGCCGGCGCCGAGGCGGGGCCGGGAGCGGGAGCGGGAGCGGGAGGAUGAGAGCGAGGACGAGAGCGACAUCCUGGAGGAGAGCCCGUGCGGCCGCUGGCAGAAGCGGCGAGAGCAGGUGAACCAGGGGAACAUGCCAGGGGUCCAGAGCACCUUCCUGGCCAUGGACACAGAGGAGGGGGUGGAGGUGGUGUGGAAUGAGUUGCACUUCGGGGAUAGGAAGGCCUUCGCGGCCCAUGAGGAGAAGAUCCAGACCAUGUUUGAGCAGCUGGUGCUGGUAGACCACCCCAACAUUGUCAAGCUGCACAAAUACUGGCUGGAUGCCUCAGAAGCCCGGGCGCGGGUGAGCCACGGGCACAGGCACACCACAGGGUGGGAUGUGGCCACAGCUGGGGUGGGGGAUGGGUGGUGGUGGCAGGGACCCGCCUGCAGUUGGCGGAGCCCGCCCGCCCCGCAGGUCAUCUUCAUCACAGAGUACGUGUCAUCGGGCAGCCUCAAGCAAUUCCUCAAAAAGACCAAGAAAAACCACAAGGCCAUGAACGCACGGGCCUGGAAGCGCUGGUGCACGCAGAUCCUGUCUGCACUCAGCUUUCUGCAUGCCUGCAGUCCCCCCAUCAUUCACGGGAACCUGACCAGUGAUACCAUCUUCAUACAGCACAACGGCCUCAUCAAGAUUGGCUCUGUGUGGCACCGCAUCUUCUCCAAUGCGCUGCCAGACGAUCUCCGAAGCCCGAUCCGUGCUGAGCGUGAGGAGCUCCGGAACCUGCACUUUUUCCCGCCAGAGUAUGGUGAGGUUGCUGAUGGCACUGCUGUGGACAUCUUCUCCUUUGGGAUGUGUGCACUGGAGAUGGCUGUGCUGGAGAUCCAAGCCAAUGGAGACACCCGGGUCACAGAGGAGGCCAUCACUCGUGCCAGGCACUCACUGAGCGACCCCAACAUGCGGGAGUUCAUCCUCUCCUGCCUGGCCCGGGACCCCAGCCAUCGGCCCUCUGCCCACAACCUCCUCUUCCACCGCGUGCUCUUCGAAGUGCACUCGCUGAAGCUCCUGGCAGCUCACUGCUUCAUCCAGCACCAAUACCUCAUGCCUGAGAAUGUGGUGGAGGAAAAAACCAAGGCAGUGGACCUGCACGCAGUCCUGGCAGAGAUCCCCCGGCCGCCCCGGCCCCCGCUGCAGUGGCGGUACUCGGAGGUCUCCUGCUUGGAGCUUGACAAAUUCCUGGAGGAUGUCAGGAAUGGGAUCUACCCGCUGAUGAACUUUGCGGCGGCUCGGCCCCUGGGGCUGCCCCGUGUGCUGGCCCCACCCCCUGAGGAGGCGCAGAAGGCCAAGACCCCGACGCCAGAACCUUUUGACUCGGAGACCAGAAAGGUGAUCCAGAUGCAGUGCAACCUGGAGAGAAGUGAGGACAAGGCCCGCUGGCAUCCGACAGUGCCCAGGACCUUGCCACCGAGCUGGUACACUAUGGCUUCGUUCACGAGGAUGACCGGACCAAGCUGGCUGCCUUCCUGGAAAGCACCUUCCUCAAGUACCUUGGAGCUCAGCCGUGACCUCGCACCCCAGCCCCCAGGGACCAGCCCUGGCCGCCCACACGGGGAAGCUCAGCAUUGGGCCAGGGUUCAGGGGACCAGGGGCUGAGCUCUGCUUACAUGCUUGGGGGCUAAUGACCAAAUGCCUGCUAGUGAGGAACUUCUGCCUUCCACAGCUUUCAAGGAGGCCCUGGAGUGGGGUGGGGGGGGGGGUGCAUUUGGGGUCCAUCAGGGGGUGAAGGAGCCUGGGUUGGGGGUCAGGGGAGUAGUUAGGCCCCACAUGUCCUUAGGAUAGGAUUCCCCCACCUAGCCAGCUUCCACAACUCGCAGUUCCUUCCCAUAUCGUCCAUUUCCUGGCCAAGAGUUCUUUCCCACCCCAAGAUACCUGGUCAGUGAUUGAGCCUUCAGCAUGGGGGAGGCUGCCCUGCAGGGAGCCAGAGUGUGGGGGUGGGGGAUCAGUCCUGGACAGAUGCCUGCCCAGGGAAAUGCUCCACACCCUGUUGGAACCACAGACCCACAUCGGGAACCCCCACAUUAAGCCAGUGGUACCAUACCUGCAGGCGUCAGGCACAAUGCUGGGCACUAGGCAGGGCCACGACCUGGCAGGAGAAGCAGAUGGCAGAGACACUUCAAGAGUCCCCAACCCGACAUGGCUCCUGCACAGCCCUCCAGCCCCUGCCCAGUGCAGACCCAUCUUGGAGCCCUCUGCUGACUUUCCACUGCUCUGGGACAGGGACCUGCCACUCCCUCUGCAGACUGUUCUGGCCCCUGCAGCCCUCUCCAUAGGGCUAUUUUCUCUCCCACAUUCCUGGGCCUGGAGGGGUUGGGUUUAGGCAUCCUCCUUGCUCCUCGAUGUGCCUCCUCUCAAAUUCACUACCCCCCCAUGUAACGUCACUCACCCCCUCCUGUGGCAGCUGCCUCCCAAGUCCUGAGACUAUCAGCCCCUGACUCCCUGUCUCUCCCACUCAACUCCCUCCCACCCCUCAUUGUCCUAGCCUCUUUUCUCCUGGACCACCUCCCAUCCAUCUUCAAAUUGAGUUAAACGUUCUUCAGCAUUUUAAAUUGCAUGUAUAAACUUAGUGCAUUCAGGUUUCUUUUGAAGUAUUUCUAUUGUCAGACCAGGAAAGCUCACCACUGUGUUACUUCUCUUGUUAUAAGAAUUUACCACAAACUUAGUGGUUUAAAACACCACAAAUUUAUCAUAGUUCUGCAGGUCAAAAAUCUGGUACAUGUCUCACCAGACUAAACUCAAGGUGUUAGCAAGGCUGCAUUCCUUUCUGGAGGUUCUAGGUGAGCCGAGAACUAUUUCCUAGGUUUCCAUAUUCUGCUCCUUCAGGUUAUUGGCCUGCAGAUGUCAGGCAUGGCAUGGGCACGGGGCACUGGCCAAGAAUUCAUUUCCUUGCAACAGUAGGGCCAAGAUCCCCAUCUUCUUGCCCGCUAUAAGCUGAAGGUCAUUUUUUGGCUUCUACAGGCACCGCCAUUCUUUGGCUCAUGUACUCAUCCUCCAUCGUCACAGCCAACAACAGCCGGUUGAGUCUUUCUCAUGAACCAUCUGUGGUUUUCUGCAGCCAGGAAAGCUUCAUGUAAUUAGGUUGGGUCCACCUGAAAAAUCCAUCGCAAGUUCCUUAAUCAUAUCUACAAAAUCUCUUUUGCCAUAUAAAGUAACAUUCACAGGUUCUGGGGGUUAGGGCAUGGACAUCCUGGAGAGAGGGUAUCAUUUUUCCACCUACUACAUUACCCUAACCAAAAACCAAAACAAAAUUACCAAGGUGUAUCAAAUAAAUGUACAAACAUAGUGAAUCUCAAGUUGUCUUAAACAUCCCAAUACUCCACAAAGUUACUCUUUCAACUUAAAAUAACAAAUCUACAAUAACAUACAAGUCUAGUUGGAAAUCCUGAUGCUAUCUUAAACAAUUUGAGUGUCAAAUGCAUAACAGAUUGUACCCAUGAUUAAACUGAACUCAAAACUAUCAAUACAUUGCUUCAUUUAA